UAGUUAGUUGCUCAUAAUUGCCAACAUCUCUGCUCUUUCCGCGGAAUAUUCUUCUUCUUCUUCUUCCCUGUGCGUUACGGAAACCCUAGAUAAAAUCCCCCUUUCUUCUUCGAUCAAUCGAACGAAUGUCUCGGUGUUUUCCGUAUCCACCACCUGGUUAUUCACCCAGUAAAGCUACUAAUUAUGCCUUGAUCCAAUCGAUUAAGCUCCAGAGGGACAAGGAAAGAGCCAAAUUGGAAAGGAAGAAAGAAAAGAAAAGGGAGAAGAAAGAGAGGAACAGAGAGAAGAAGCGAAAGGCAAAGCAGGAAUCAAGUUCAAGUUCUUCUCGAAUUGGUAAUUUGAUCUCUGGAGGAGAUAAUAGGGAGUUGAAAACUAGUCACUUGCAGAAAGAUAUUGAGAAUGAAAUUGUUGAGCACUUGGAGAACAGCAGUCUAUCCGAGGAACACGGCCAGCCUGUCUGCUCACAAGAACCAAGCUACUCAUCUUACGGCACCCAGAAUAACAAUAAAAGAAAGAAAUCUACCUCACCGUUAAAUGGAAUGCAUGGCCAUGGUACUGUUGUUCGCAUUCUAGUGUCGUCACAUACGCACGGACAAUGUGAUAUAUCUAACAAACAAGACUGCUUCAAAGAAGCCGCUAAACAUGAGGCAGAAAGAGCCUCCUCUCCCUUGCCGAAUACCAACAACCAAUUGUUCUUCCCUGUCAUGUCAGUUUCAGGACAGCACUCAUUGUCUUCUGGGUGGACAGAGCCAGAGCCCAUUGCAGACGACAAGACAACAACUGCUUUUUUCUCCAAAUUGCCCGAGAAUGAUAUAGAACUAAGACAGUUCAAGAAUUUGAUUCUUAACUGUGCUCCACCAACUCUCCACUAUGACUACGAUGAUCAAGAUUGGCUGUUCCAAAGAAAGCAUAAGUGCACGAGAGUGAAGGAAAAAGGCGAAGUCAGCAACGACAUGUCUUGUGGCACCUCUGCAUUGUUGCCGCGUGCGCAAUACCUUGACGAUGCUGAAUUAUAUGCAUUCCCCUUCACAAUACCUUUUUGAGUUGCUUGUUGUAAAUUUGAGCUAGAUCCUUCCGCCUAGGGGAGAGAUUGUGGAAUAUCAAUCUCAUCGAGAUCAUACCUAAUCCCUAAAGUACUGUAGAUUGAUCUGAAUUUCAUGCAGAGACAUUUGUGUUAUUCUUUUGGUUUUCCUCAGCCAGUAAUAUCAUGAAAUCUUUGUGCUGGUCUA